CUAUAAAACCCCCUUACAUAUCGAAGUCUCGUAGCCUGAAACAAACAGACCCAAAAACUCUGAGAGAGGUGGCAUCUUUCUUGUUGUUGCAUUGCAGAUUGUGUGAUGCAGCAGAGAGGCAAAGCCCAUAACAGCAGAUCCAGGAGCUUUUCUAGAUCUCGCCUUGCCGUUGAGGGUUGUUAACUCUCGUUUCCUUUCCCAUUCCCUUCACUUUCAAAAUCCUUCUCUUUCUCUUUCUCUCAGCAUUUAACAAUGGCUGCUGCUCAUGUUGAAGAGCGUGAAAUUCAGAAGAACUACUGGAUCGAGAAUUCCGAUGGUCUGACGGUAGAGGCAAUGAUGCUUGACUCUAACGCCUCCCUUCUCGACAAAGAAGAACGUCCUGAGGUGCUUUCCAUGCUCCCACCAUAUGAAGGAAAAUCUGUUCUGGAAUUUGGAGCUGGUAUUGGUCGUUUUACUGGAGAAAUAGCGCAGAAUGCUGGACAGCUUGUUGCUGUGGACUUCAUUGAUAAUGUGAUAAAGAAGAAUGAAAGAAUUAAUGGACAUCACAAGAAUGUCAAGUUUAUAUGCGCUGAUGUGACAUCCGAAGACUUGAAAUUUUCUGAAGAAUCGGUGGAUUUAAUAUUCUCAAAUUGGCUUCUAAUGUAUCUCUCAGAUAAAGAGAUUGAGAAUCUGGCUGAAAGGAUGGUGAAAUGGUUAAAGGUUGGUGGUUACAUUUUCUUUAGAGAGUCUUGUUUCCAUCAAUCUGGAGAUAGCAAGCGAAAAUAUAACCCAACCCACUACCGGGAGCCCAGAUUUUACACAAAGGUCUUUAAAGAGUGUCAGGUGCGUGAUGAUUGUGGGAAUUAUUAUGAACUCUCUCUUGUUAGCUGCAAAUGUGUUGGAGCUUAUGUGAGAAACAAGAAGAAUCAAAAUCAGAUUUGUUGGAUGUGGCAGAAAGUCCGUUCAGAAGAUGAUAAGGGGUUCCAGCAGUUCUUAGACACUGUUCAGUAUAAAUCUAGUGGCAUCCUGCGGUAUGAACUUGUCUUUGGACGAGGCUUUGUGAGCACAGGAGGAAUUGAAACAACAAAAGAAUUUGUUGCAAAGCUUGAUCUCAAGCCUGGACAAAAGGUCCUAGAUGUUGGAUGUGGCAUCGGGGGAGGUGACUUUUACAUGGCUGAGACAUUUGAUGUGGAAGUUGUUGGUAUUGACCUCUCCGUUAAUAUGAUUUCUUUUGCUCUGGAAAGAGCCAUUGGACUCAAAUGUGCUGUUGAGUUUGAAGUUGCUGAUUGCACGAAGAAGACAUAUCCUGACAACACAUUUGAUGUUAUCUAUAGCCGUGACACCAUUCUGCACAUUCAGGACAAACCUGCAUUGUUUAGAUCAUUCUACAAGUGGCUGAAGCCUGGAGGUAAAAUUCUUAUUACUGAUUACUGCAAGAGUGCUGGAACUCCAUCAGAAGAAUUUGCCGAGUACAUUAAGCAAAGAGGAUAUGACCUUCACUGUGUAAAAGCGUAUGGCCAGAUGCUUAGAGAUGCUGGUUUUGACGAUGUCAUUGCAGAGGACAGAACUGAUCAGUUCAAUCAAGUUUUGCAACAGGAAUUAGAUGCUACAGAGAAAAUUAAGGAUGAAUUCAUUACUGAUUUUUCCGAGAAAGACUACAAUGAUAUAAUUGAUGGAUGGAAGGCAAAGUUGAUCAGGAGUUCAUCUGGUGAGCAGCGAUGGGGUCUGUUCAUUGCAAAGAAAAAUUAACUCAUCACAGGCCCGGAUCAAUGAAGCAUGGAAUAAAUGUUUUAGACCAUAACUGGUGAUUUUAUGAUUCCAGCUGAUGGCUGGUGUUCGAAUUUAAGUUAUCAUUUCGCGUCUUAAAUAUCAUUUCCUUUUGGAAUAAGAUCUUGGCUGAGUUUUCUUGCCCAGGAUAGAAUCUGAUUUAAUUCAAUUCUUGAUUAUAGUUACUGUUCUAUUUAUGAUGGGAAGGAUGUUUCCAUCUUUGAGAAACUGUUAAGAGUGCACUUGGUGGACAUGACAAUAAGCAACAAUACUUCGAACUUCACGAUUUAUUGCAAGCUGCAAUUCACUUUAUUUUCAAUUUUUUGAAAGAUUAA